AUGACUUCUCGCGAUCCGGCGCGACUUCGCCAGGGCCUUCUUCCUCUCACGACAACUCCGGGUAUCUACAACAACCACCUACAAACGCCCAUAUCUGCCGUGUCCAUGACCUCCAGUCAUUAUCACUCUGCUGCCCAAACGCCCGGCAGUAGUAUACAGCCCUAUAAUCCUCAAGAAUGGGCUCCUACGCAGGCCGCUGUCGCCGAGCUGUCGCCAUUGCCUCCUCCGCCAUAUAGUCCACCCAGAGGUCAGCAGCCGAGACCCAUCAGUACAGUCUUUGACUCUACACCGAAUGGAACUCCAACUCCGCCACCCCGACUGAGUGCGACCAUGCAUCGGCCUUCCCCAGAACCGGCCAAUGCGUCGUUCCCUCCUCCUCCAGGGACGCGCAACGGCUCACGGGAUCGUCGUUUCCUUCCAUCAUUAGGCCGCCGUAGAGACACCGACAACUCGAGCACUCCACCACCUCAACCACCACCCCAGAGUCACCGGCAAAGUAUGAUAGUCCAGACUUCGUUUCAUCAACCUAGUCCCGAACAUGGAAUUGGCGGAGUCAUGCAUCAUGGCCCCCCAGCAGCCCGAAGAGCUGUUUCUGCCGGAGCUGUAGAGACACCCACAUCUGCUCGCUCACGAUCAACAUCUCAGUCCAGGUGGGAGCCAGGCAUGCCUCUCCCUCCGCCCCCUCCUGGGCCUCCUCCGCCUUCCUCGGGUAGGUCGCAGAGUGUUCAGUCUAUGGACAGGAAUUCGGUUCCAAUCAUAUCCCCUCCUGUAAACAGACGACGACCGCCAGCAGGGGUAACAAAUCUGGGACCUGUUCCACCUACACCUGCGGAUUGGAACGAGAAUGAAAGCCAAGCAGGACCGUCGGAUCGAAGACGGUCACCGGGCCUUACUAUCGAUACUUCGAUACCCUCCAGUCCACCCAUUGAGCCUGCUCCUAGUUCUUCAUCGAGUAUUAAUGGGCUAAACCGGCAAAAGGCAGUACGACAUGACAAAACGAUUUUGCAGCGGCGAACCGAGAGUCGAACCAGGCACAGCAUUCGCAGUUCCAUAGAUGAGCGGACCCGUCCGGAUUCUAUGGCGGAUAUCAUGGUGCCGAACUCGACGGAUUUGUCGCGGGCGUCAAUCGGCAAGUCAACACCUCUCAGCGAUACACUUACAUCACAAGAUUCACGAAACUCAACCCCGAGAGCUCCAGCAUCGGGAAAAUUGCCUCAAGAAGCUGAAACACCACCGUUCUCCCCCAACGCUCAUAAAUACGUGCAAUAUGGUAGCAGUUCGAAGGCAGUCGCUCCCAAAGCGCUUCCUACCCCGCCUCCAAGAUCCGGGUCUGUGGCAUCAGUCUCUAGGGUCCGGGAAUCCUCGAGACCACCCUCAGCCGGUCUCCCAGUGUCAAAGCAUCUGGUAACAACACAGACUGCCAGCCAAUUUGCAGAAGGGACGGUUGAUCGAUUUCGCGAGUUCGCUAUGAAGGAGUCCAAAGCCGCCACCGAUGCAGACAGGGUACGUCUGUUCGCCGAUUUUGUUGUGAAUGAGUCAAGAAUCAGACGUGAACGAUAUUCUGUAGCUAUCGGGGCCAUGGGUUCUGAAAUAUUCGACCUUACCCGCGACCUAUUCCGACCGAUGGUAACCCAAACGAGAAGAGAUUCAGCUUCUUCGCAUGAUCAGUAUACACCUGGCUUAUCAGAGCCAGGGCCGUCUCGUCGAGGUUCGGUAGGCUCCAACGUUGGGGAGAGCCCACAGUCUACCUCUAAAGCAGCCAAUGUGCCAAUCUCGCCAAGCGGCAACAACCCACCGAACGUGAACUGGUCCGGCAAUUACAUGCCUUCUUUGUCACCGAUUCUAAGCAUGAGCGUCAGCGAAAACUAUGAGAAUGGGAGUUCCCGAGGUCGCCCCCCAAGUCGUUGGUGGGAAUCAGACUCACAGGGCGAGGCUUCUCAUCUGGGCAGGUCCAAGAGAGAAUCAAAGUAUAUGGGUGUGACCAAAACGCAAUGGGUUGAAGAGGAUCGACCUCCUGUGGUAUAUGAGGAACAGGGUUCGGUGUCUGAAUAUCCUCCUGAGAAGACAGGCUGGCACGACCAGUCGGAGCCCAGUCUUACGCCCCAACAGUUCGGCUUUGCCACUGCUUCCAAUAUGGGCUCGAGUCCCUCAUCAAUGACCAAUCGUGAUCAGCUCGACGUAUCUCGACUCGUCACGAUGCCACCUCCUUAUCCAAGGCACCAUCCUGCUGUUAACAACAAACACCCAGAGUUGACUUCAAUCAGAACUGCAGUGCGAGCUUUGAGCCAGCUCGAUGAGUUGACGAAGACGAGAGAACGGUUCACCGUCGAGAGUACCAAAAGACGAGAACAAUUUUCUAAAGCUGCGGCUGAGCGCCGUCAGGCUUUGCGAGCACACCUGCAGAAUGAGAUCAACUCUGGCAGCUUAAGCUAUGCAGACGCAGGAACUAUCGAUGCUGACGAAAAGGUCAACGAGAUCGCAAAGAAAAAAGAACUGGAAAAGUCGGAAUAUGAGCUGUUCCAGAAUCAGGUGGUACUGCCUUUGAACGAGUUGUUGACAGGGCGUAUUUCACGUGCGACCGAGUUAUUCGACGAUUUGUCUCUGCAUCUAUUCGACAACGAACAUAUCGACGCUGACAUGCCGCAAGAAGAAGGUGACGAUAGACCAGAACUUUUGGAAAAGUUGACUCUGCUCAAAUGGGUUUUCGAGGCACGAGAAGGUCUUCACCGAGCCAUCUAUGAUCUUCUAUCGGAUCGUAACGGCCGAUACUGUGAGGUUGUAUUGACUCCUUAUCGACUUUCCGGGAAUACCGAGAAGCUCAAGUCAGCUGAGGCCUUCUUCGCGGAAGACUCGGCUAAACGCGAAUAUGCGUUUGCACACGAAGUUCUGGAACGAACACGAGACUUCAGGGGAGUGGUCGAAAAGGCUGUCGAUCACGGCGUUGCACUGCAGCUGUCGGCGUUUUGGGAUAUUGCGCCCCCGCUAUGCGAACUAUUGGACAGCAUUCCUUUGGAUCUAGAAGGGUUUAACAUUUUGAUUCCGGGGUCUGAAAUUGACGAAAAUCCAUCAUAUGUCGAACAUCCAAUGCAGUAUCUGUUCAGCCUGUUGCUUCACGCAGAAAAAAGCACAUAUCAGUUCAUCGAGUCUCACACGAACUUGUUGUGUUUACUUCACGAGGUCAAAGAGGCGGUAGUACAUGCCAAGGGCAAAGUGCUCGAGACUCAAACACAGGAUGAGAACGGAAACCCAAUUCCCAAGGCCGACAGCAAGGCGCGAGCGCAGGAGAUGCGACAUUCAGAAGAACACAGACUUACUGAGGACCUGAAGGAGAAGGUCCGCCUAGUGCAAGAUCAAUGGAAGAGUGCCCUAGGCGAGAACAUGACACUCGUCAAGGAGCGAUUGGGAGAAUGGCUGUUGCAGAUGGGCGGCUGGGACGAGUCGCUCGAAGACGGAGGAGUAGGCGGAGUUUAG